UUUCACUCACCGGAAGCAAUGAACUCAUUCACCAAUCACCACCAGAAAUCUCGCUCCGUAGAUUUUCGCUUCAUAGGUCGGCAAUAAAUUCAUGCACUCCUUCCGUUUCUUUCACAUUUCAGCAUGGAAGAAAACUGAGCUCCCUACACAAUCAGCAAAUCAACAUGAAAAAUCUUCAAUUGUCACUGUAGAAUUAACUUGCUCCCGCAAAUCCGGUCUUCCGGAGUUCUUCACUUGGAAGAUGAGCACUUCAUAUCAAAGAAGGAUGGCGAAUCCGGGAGAUAAACCAAGGCAAGGAGAUAAUUUACCCCACAUUAUGAACAAAUUAGCGGGGCUUAUUCACAGAAGCUGAAAAUGUGUGUGGAACUUCAUUUCAGAGGGUAUCAUGCUUGUUUUCCUGUUGCAUGUGGAUCAAAUAUAAGAUAAUUCACCAACAACAAGAGUCUUGAUGAGUGGCCUUCAGAGCAUCAACUCAGAACUUCAUAAUUUGCAUGAGCCGUAACUCAUAAACGGGCAGAGAGCCUGUUCUCCUACUUCACCUCUUGGGACUCUUCAUCCAGCAGAGACUGUUCUUCUCCAGAGUGUCAGUGGCAAAAAAAGAUAUCAUCCGGCGGAGGGGGAAUAAACAAGGGAUGGGCAAGCAAUGAUGGAAGAAGAGCCAGUUGGAGGAAAAAACGGGGUUGGGACAGGCUCUGGGUGACGCGUCUGCCGGGGGACGUCUGGGAGAGGGGGCUGGAGGAGUCUGGAGUAAUCUAGGCUGAAACUCACCCCAUUGAGUUUCGAACCCGAGACCUCUCGUAAGGGAGAGUGAGUCGACAACCAGCUAGGCUGGACCGCUUUCUCAAGAUUGAUUGUGUAUUUGAUAUGCUCCUAAUCGUUGAAUGUAAUUGAAAUUGCGUAUAUGUGGGUAAAUUACAUGGUACAGCCGACUGUACCAUUCUCAUGGUUUUUUCUGUUCGUCUCUUUCUUCUCUACCGCAUUCAAUCUUUCUAGCUGAAGAUUCCGUUUGGUCAUCGAUGCAGAGUUUAGGUUUUUUGCAUUUGUUUUGGUCCACUGAAGGUGUAAAUGAUAUGUCUUGCAGUGGCAAAUUAAUAGAGGAUAUUGAGGCCAGAGGCAAACUUUUUGAAGUUGAUUGCAGUAAUAUUUUCUCUCCUUACAAGUCACAUAUUGUUGUUGUUUUCUGUGUGUUAUUUACUUUGAGCUAUUUGAUAUUUACUUCUGUAUUUUUUAUUGAUUCAGAUUACUUGGAGUCUCGUGAUACCUUAAGUGAAUUUUUUUUGUCUAGAACUGAAUCUGUUCCUGUGCUACCAAGUAUUGUGCUUUCUUACAUUUUAUUACUUUGUUAUUUUUUUAAAAAAUUUUAAUUUUUUUGUUGGCAGUUCAAAAUUCUUCUACUUUUGUUCAUGUAGACCAAUCUGAUGAGCCUUUGUGUGUUGAAACAAUAUCAGGUCUUCGUUAUUCUACUUUAAGAAUGAGAGGUGGUGGUUUUGGCUUGAGAGGAAGGGAAUUUUGUUGCACGAAACAAGGUCUAAAAAGAAAUAAAGGUGUUGUAGGUAAACAAUAUACAAAAGUUGAUAGGCGAACUGGUUGCAAGGCAAAAAUAUAUUUCGAGAUAAAGCCUACUAGUGAGUUUGUUGUUUUUAGGCAUGAUAUGGUUCAUAAUCACAAUUUUUUCCCGAGUUCUUUAGUUCAUCAUGUUAGGUCUCAUCGUGUUGUUUCGUCAAGUGAAUUAGAGUAUUUGCAACAUUUGAAAAAUAAAGGAGUUAAAGUAGCAGAUGGUUUUCGUUGCUAGCAAGCAGAAGCUGGUGGAUCUUUUGUUGUUGGUUUUCUUUUGCGUGAUGCUUGUAGUGAGUUGACAAAAAAGAUUAAAAAAUCAUUUGAUGGUUGUGAUGCAAACACAUUGAUUAAUACUUUUAAGAAUAGACAGGUAAAUGAAGACGGUUUUUUCUCUUCUUUUGAGGUUGAUAUGGAUGGUAGUUUGGUUAGUUUUUUUUUUGAGAGACAAGAAAAUGAAGGAAGAUUAUCUUGCAUUUGGUGAAUUUCUUAUCCAUGAUACGACUUACCGCACCAACAAGUAUGAUAUGAUUUGUGGACCAUUUGUUGGUGUUAACUCUCACACUCAUAAUUGCAUGUUUGGUUGUGGCUUUUUGUUAAAUGAGAGGAUUGAGUCGUUUGAAUGGCUUUUCAAUACUUUUUGCAAUCUAUGGGUUCUGUCCACCCAAGAACUGUUAUGACAGAUCAAUCUGCUACCAUGGCUGCUGCCAUUUCUACAGUUUUUCCUCUCUCCAAACAUCGUCUUUGUAUUUGGCAUAUCAUUGAAAACUCUAAGAAACAUUACGCGAUUUAAGGAAUCAAGAGGGAUUCUUAGAUUUGUUUGAUCAUGUUUUGAAACUUUGUCACGCCGUUGCUGAAUUUGAUUAUUACUGGAAUAGAAUGAUAUCUGAAUAUAAUUGCUCUGAUAAUCCUUGGUUAAACAAACUAUAUGAGAUGAGAGACAAAUGGUGUCCAGCUUUUUCAAAAGAAUUCUUUUCUGCUGGCAUUUUAUCUUCAUAACGAAGCGAGACCACAAAUGAGUCUUUGUCUACAAAAUUGAAUGCUACCUCUUCUCUAUGUGACUUCCAUCAUUUUUUAGUGAACCUGCCAGUCAUUGGAGAAGUAAUGAGGACAAAGAUCAUCAGCGUUGUUUGGAUGGUUUUCCUGAAAUUGCCAUUCCUCAUAUCAGUUUGUUACAUAAAGCUUCCAGGCUUUAUACUAUUGAUGCUUAUAAACUUUUUGAGAAUGAAUUUAUGCGAGGUAUGUCUCUGAAAUUUGAACUUAGAUACCAUCAAGGUUCUUUAAUGGGAUAUAUAGUAUGGAUGCCUCAAACGGUUCGGUUUUCACAUUGGGUUUCAUUUGAUGUAACAACACAUUUCGUUAGUUGUUCUUGUCAGAAAUUCCCAGAGGCAGGUAUUUUGUGUUGUCAUAUUCUUCGUAUAUAUCAUAUUCAGUGUGUAGAAGUUAUUCUGGAUUAUUAUAUUUUCAAACGGUGGACUCGUACGGCAAAGACUCUUCCAAGUGAACAACCUUUUGUUUUAGACGCUUCUUCUAAUGUGUUACCUUCAGUUUGGAGAAUGCAAAUGCAGAAGAAAUUUCACAAGCUUUUGUGCUCCAGUGAUUCUAAUUCUACAACAAGGCAAUUGUGUGAAGAAUCGUUUAAAAGUUGAAACUGGAUGUUGAAGAUCAAGUUGGAAGCAUUUAUUUCUCUGAUAGUGAUUCUACCUCAGUUGGUGUGAGUUCAAGAAUAUCUAAUCCAAAGACUUCAAGGAAAAAGGGUGAAAGAAAUGUGUGUCGCUAGAGUGUUAUUGAAGUGAAAACAAAUCAAGCUAGAGCAAGGAAAAAGCCGCAUCAAGCUAGUACAUCAGCACCUGAGCACACAGGUUUGUAGUUAGAUUUUCAAAUAGAAUAGUAGUCACACUGGUGAUUCACUCAUUUGCCAUUGUUAGACUAAUUUCUGUUAUUAUAUUUAUAUUACUCAUCAACUUUGUAUGGAUGCUCAAACAAGAACAUGUUGUUGAUCAUUUUCUGACUAGUAUGUCUGGAGUAAAUAGUUUUUGGGUUACUACCUUUGA